CCUGCUCUGCGCCGUUGCUGCUAAAAUCAGGCAGCCUCAGCUCAGGGGAAAUAUCGGAUCUAUCGACGCUGUGGACUGGGGGAGCAAAACAGCACAGGCGGAGAUGCUCAGUGGACAAGGCGAGAGAUGAGCAAUGGCAAAUGUAUUCCUAACUCCUGACAGAACAGAGGAGCCUUCUCUGCCGUAACUACCUCCCCCAACUCCGGUCUACGUUCCUCCUUCCACCUGUCGAGGGUUUGUUGUUGACUUUCUUUCCCUCCAUUCACUCCAUCAUCUCUGUCACCAUGACAACCUCAGCCCUGCGCCGGCAGGUGAAGAACAUUGUACACAACUACUCAGAGGCAGAAAUCAAGGUUCGCGAGGCCACCUCUAACGAUCCAUGGGGCCCUUCCUCAUCUCUCAUGUCAGAGAUCGCUGACCUGACCUUCAACGUGGUGGCGUUUGCCGAGGUGAUGGGCAUGGUUUGGAAACGCCUCAAUGACAGCGGCAAGAACUGGAGACACGUCUACAAGGCCCUGACGCUGUUGGACUACCUGCUGAAGACGGGCUCAGAGAGAGUGGCCCAGCAGUGCCGUGAGAACGCCUUCACCAUUCAGACGCUGCGUGACUUUCAAUAUGUGGACCGUGACGGCAGAGACCAGGGGGCCAAUGUGAGGGAAAAGGCGCGCCAGCUGGUGUGUCUCCUCCGGGACGAGGAGCGCCUUCGCCAGGAGAGAAGCCAAGCGCUGAAGACUAAGGAGCGCAUGGCCGGGGGAGGCAGCGGAGGGGGAGGGGGCGUGUACGGAGGCGCACCCCCCUCUUACCACCCUGGCAGGCGAACCAGCCAGCCCAGCAUGGCGGUGCUCUAUGGGGAGGAAUUCAGCCGCUCCAGAGGCUCUCCGUCCUCCUUUAACUCUUCAUCCUCGUCUCCUCGUGCGGCCUCAGAUCUGGAACAGGCUCGCCCUCAGACCAGCGGGGAAGAGGAGUUGCAGCUGCAGCUGGCCUUAGCUAUGAGCAGGGAGGAGAGUCAGAAGGAGCAGCGCUGUUGCCAAGGAGACGAGUCGUUGUUACAGAAGGCCCUGGAUGAAAGCAGGAGAGAGAGCCAGUCAGGGACACGAGAGUCAGCCAUGCUGGACCUGGUGGACAUAUUUGGCCCCUCCUCUGAGGCCCCGAUCCCCUCUAAUGACCCAUGGAACUCUGCACAGCCCACCUCGGACAUCAAUUCUGACCCCUGGGACUCUGUAGCAGUUCACUCCAGCACUCCUGUGAUUGGUAGCCCCUGGACAGGCCCACCCUCAUCAGCCAACGUGGCCAAUCCUUGGGCUCCAUCGGCCAAGUCCCCCACAGACCCCUGGGAAAUGGCCUCCAGCCCCGUCAAUCAUGGAUGGAAGAGCCCAUCUCAUACAGGUGCUGAUGAGACAGAUCCAUUCUCUGUGCAAAAAGAGGAGGGGCCUAAACAAGAAGUUGUUCAAGUCUCCUCCCCCCAGCCUGUCAGUCCCACAGAUGCAGAUCCAUUUGGAGCAAAUGCAGACACUGAUCCAUUUCCCAAAGUGGAAGCAGAGCCUGAUCCAUUUGGGGCCGACUCUGCAGUGAAACCCCAGGUGAAUGGUGGAGGAUCAGCCAGCCCAGAGAUGUUUGACCUUUCCCGGCUUGCGCCUCCACUCAGUGCCCCACCUACACGUAUGUGUCGGACCCCGGAGGCUUUUCUAGGACCCACUGGGGCCUCGCUGGUCAACCUCGAUGCCCUCAUACCCCCCAAUCCCCUCACCAAGACGCACAACAAUCCUUUCCUCUCAGGUCUGAGUGCUCCCUCUCCCACCAACCCGUUCCACUGCGACCAGCCUCGUCUUACCCUGAACCAAAUGCGCCCAUCCUCCACCUCACCUCUGCCCCCCCACAUGCUCUCAUAUAGCCCUUCCCUGCCUCUCCCACUGACCCACCAGCCUCCUGUCCUCCCCUCCUCGCUCACCCAGCCUCCCUCUGGGCUCCUGGACCUUCCCUCCAACCUCCCCCAACCUCUACUCCCCCUCUCUCCCCGGCCAGCGCCCCGCACCCACACACAGGCACAUACACACAGCCACAACCCCUUCCUCUGAGACGUCUGCGUCCAGUGCCUCUCCUUCUCCAGUCUGAGGAGGGAGACAAUGAAAUGGACUCUUACAGUUUGGGCUUUGAUUAUUCUAUGCCUAAAGCAGAUUCUGGAUUGGAAUGAGUUUAAAUGAGCCUGAACUGAAUUAUGGAUCCUGAUCUGAUGUCAGCGUGAACACUUGAAGUGGAUAAAGCUUGUACUGGAUGUAUUUGUGUCUGUCUCAAGACACAUCAGCUGCUAUACCUUGAACUCUUGAAUAAAAAAUAUUAUUAUUAACAUCACAUCAACACACACAAACAUGCAAUCAGGUGCACAUGGAAGUGCAUAGACACAUGUACACACAAACAUUAUGCACAUGCAGACAUGGCACGGAUGCAUAUGCGCACGCCGUCACAUGCACAGACUCAAACAAGCACUUGUGCGCAGACACACAUCACCGCAGCAACAGGGUGUAUCUUGGCCGUCUCCUCGAUGCCUUUCCCCAUCAACAGAGACAGCUCUGAGCACCCUUAGACCACAGAACCAGAAAUGUAACUUUAGAAGAUGAAGGGACAAAGCCACACACUCUGAUUGUUGAUUGUAACCUCCAGCAUCCAACUAGAUUCACCAGGAUCCUUACUGCUGCUGCUUCACCGAGAGCAUGAAUGCAUUCCCUUGAGACGCAUUAUCCUCACACACACAAACCCAAAACUUCU